AUGUCUCCCAACAUCGAUGAUGAUCCAUAAACGAAAGAAUAUGAGAUGAGGCUCUUGGCUAUUCAAGAUCUUGAUACUACUGCUGCAGAUAAUUGUGCAUUCAGUCUGACGAAGAAGAGAUUGGGCCAUGAUUAUUUUGAUAAGAUUCCUAAUGGAUUUAAUGGUGUUGAUGAUAGAAUUUCUGUAAUCUGGACAAAUGGAUUUGGCAAAGGAGUAAUUACACCAUCAGAUUUUCCUUAUGGCUAUGGAUACGAAAAGAUUCCAGCUUUAGAUGCAUAUAGAAGAAUCAAGGAAACCCAGUCUAAAGAAUUGGCAUAAAGCCUUCAUCAAAAUUUCUAGAAGAGAAACUUAUAAAAUAAUUCAGAUAAAUAAUAAUACUAUUACGGAUAAUAGCUAGCUCAAUAUUUAAAUUGA